CGGUGCCUUACGGCCGCGGGCGUGUAGCGAGCCCUCCGCAGCGGCCGGGCUGGUUGCAGUCGGGCAGGUGGAAGAGGCGAGGCCGGGGCUGGAUCUGCCCGGGGGCGAGGGCGCCCCGGGAGCUGCCUGGAGCGGGGAGCCCGGCUGCAGGCCCCCCUCCUGCCUUUGCACCCGCAGUGUGUGUGGGGCGGAUGCUGCAUUAAAGCCGCCCCAGCCGUCGGGGGGCAGGAGCUGGGGGGAGCCCCCCAAGGGCGGGGGUCCUGGGCUCGCCCCCCGGGUGCGAUGAGGGGCGCCCGGGGGCUGCCCCCCUGCUGAGCCCGGGAGGGUCCCCGCUGGGGGUUCGCUCGGCCCUGCCGCGUACGGGAUGGAGGGGCCGGGCUGCGGCGAGCCGCUGCCCCCCGACCUGAAGGAGCUGGAGAGCAAGGUGGGGCGGCGGGCCCCCGAGGGGCUGGUGCGCUGGCUCCGGGAGGACCCGGCCGCCGCGCUGCUCCGGGAGAGCCCGGCCCGGGGGCAGCGCCGGGGGCUGGCCGGGAAGAUCAAGGCACUGAAGCUGGAACUGGCCUACCUGCGAGCCAUUGACGUCAAGAUCCUGCAGCAGCUGGUGGUGGUGAAUGAGGGCAUCGAGGCCGUGAAGUGGCUCCUGGAGGAGAAGGGGACCCUGACCAGCCAUUGCAGCAGCUUGGCCAGUAGCCAGUACAGCUUGGUGGAGAGCCAGGAGACCUCGCGCCGGGGCAGCUGGACCAGCCUGCAGGACCCCAGUGAGAAGCUGGACAGCAUCUCCGUCGGCAGCUACCUGGACACGCUGGCUGACGAGAUGGACGAGUACUGCCAUGGUGCCAUGGAGCCCAUCCUGUCCUCCACGCCGGGCAGACCGGGCAUCCCACCGGCCGGGCUGGAGCAGGACUGGUCCAGGAGCGACCCAGACAGGGGUCUGCCCAGUAAGCCAGGCAGCCCACAGGACAAAUGCAAAGCGGACCAGGAGUGGCUCCGGAUGGACCAUUCCUCGGCCCGGCCUACCCAGGAGCAGAGCACCAGGGACCCAGCCAGAGCAGCGAAGCAGCCCGCUGGCCCUCAGCAGCCCCAGGUGGCCAACGGCUUCUUGGGCAGACAGGCUCCUGGUUUGGAAGCCAGUAAAGAGGCCCCGGGGGAGAGGCUGAGCAAGGGCAGCCCGGCCCGGCCGGCCUGGAGGAACGGCCAAGUCGACUUUGAGCCCUGCAAGCUCAACGGCAAACUCCACCUGGAGUACGACGCCCACUGGCGCUGGGUGCAGUCGCAGGACGACGUGACGUUCUUGUAGCCCCUGGAGCCCAGCUUGUGAGGGGCUGCAUGGAAUCGCCCGCCCGCCCGAUCCUCGCCCCGAUGAGCACUCAGCGUACGGAGCGGGAGACCAAACUGGCUGCAUUGGGCUUCCUUGAGAUUCCCCAUGAGCAUCGGUGGGAACAGUCUGCGGAGCGCUCCACGCCGUCCCCUUUGCAAUGUCACUUUUCCCUCGGGGUCGGCGUGGGACCUGCGCGAUGCCAGCCAGUGGCGCUGCACAGCAGGAAGCUAGACUUAUCCUGAAUAGCGAGGGCUCGGAGAGGGGUGAUCACACUAGGGAGGUAACAGGAGGAGCAAGGCUGCACCUCCCAUAAAGGCACUUUGGGCUCACCCCCCUUUUUAUUAGUGCAGAUGCUAGCGCAGGAUAGAGAGCACUUCUCCGCUGGUUCGAUCCUGCAGUCAGCCAUCACCCUGGGUUCAAGGAGGGGAGGGUGGUGGAGUGAUUAGAGCAUGAGUCUAUUCCUGGCUUAGCCCCUUAACUUUGCCAUGCCUCAGUUUACCCUUCUGCAAAAUGGGGCCGAUACGCUACCUACCUGGCCGGAGCAGGCACUUAUUGACGUGCCAGUGGUGCCGCACAGGAGGCAGACAGAGACCCGGCCCUGGGAGCAUGGAGGCCUGACUGAACAGAGCCUGUUGGAGUGGGGUGUGUUAGCACUUGGGGCAUCGCAGCCUUUGCCACGGCUGGGCUGGGAUGUCGCUGGAGGAUCGGGCCAGGACAGCGGAGUGGGUGUAGAGAGCCAGCCCCUUGUUUCACCAACGCACCCGGGUUGUUUCUAGAGCCUCUACACUUUCCUUUUCUACGCCUGCUGCCCCACCCCGCUCCUAUCCUCACCCCUCCACUCCCACCCCUCGAAACCAGGUGAGAGGGCUGGGGUGGCCUCCAGGGCCCCUAAAAGCCCCAGUUGCAGUCAGGUGGGGAUUGCCCCGGGGGCAGGCGCUGUGGAGAACAACCGUAGGGCUCUGCUGUGAGCCCUGGAGCAGGGGGCAGGCUGGGUGUGGGGCUCAGGGUGGAGUUUGGGGGUGGAUUCUAGGCAGUGCUGCAGACCAUGGGACAGCCUGGGGAGGCUGCUGUAACUUAGACCGGCCCCCAGGGCGGCCUAUGUUAGAGGGGCCCUAGACCAGUCCAGGAUACUAAUGCAGCCCGGCACAUGGGGCUGCAUUAGUAGGAGCAUUGCCAGCAGAUCGAGGGAAGUGAUUAUUCCCCUCUAUUCGGCACUGGUGAGGCCACAUCUGGAGUAUUGCGUCCAGUUUUGGGCCCCCCACUACAGAAGGGAUGU